AAAUUAAAAAUGAUUUUACAAAUAUUCUAGGAGAAUCGUGGGCUUAAGUUAAAUUUUUGUAUUUCAGCAACUCUUGAAUGUUUACCAAGUGACCCAAAAACAUUCUUGUUCGCCUAUUCAAAUGAUUUGGAGCCCAAUGUAGUUGAACUAACAUUUGAUGUCGUGAAAAUUUACAUAGAGGAUGAUAACUACAACACGUUUGCACGCGUUCGAUUUGAUACCCGCCAAGAGGAAGAAAUCAAUUACUAUUAUAGCCUCAAAGAGUUAAAUACAUCGAUUCUUGCCCACCUUCCCGAUCCUUCCCUUGGAUUCAGAAGCAGUUCAAAUGGAAGUGACUCGUUGAAAAUUGUUGAGAAAUUUUACAAUAGCACUCAAUUUUCCACUUGCGGAUCCAUUGUUCUAAUACUAUCAAAGCGAAACCCAAACGAGGUUGAAAUUACCAAUCUAGUUGCCAAAAUUCGAUCCCAUCAUGGAAUAGUUCAUGUAAUUUCUUCAAAUACUCCAUCAGGCGGAUCCCAACCACUUACUCUCUAUGACCUCUCAUCUAAAACAAAUGGGCUAGCCGAUUUCCGGAAUGAUGAUGAAUUUGACGAGUCUGUCAUACCAUUUGCUGGGCUGAACUAUCCCAUAGUUAAUUACGCGGUGAAUCCAUUAGUAUCCGGCAAUGGCUCCACUGUACUGCCUCCACUAUACCAAGCUCAUCCCAGCCAAGCCAAGUUCACAGUUACUGUACAGAAUCAUGGUCCCAUUGAUACAUUUCAAUCAUUUGAGCUUUUUUGGUACAACGCUUCAUCGUCUACCAAUGGUGGUCACGGUCUAGUUAAUCUGCGAAAUGGCACGAUUGAAUAUGAUUGGUUGACUCUCGAUGCUGCUAUCUACAACAUGACACUUGAAUACUCAUACUCGACUAAUACCCCAUUCAAAAUGCAGAUUAGACAAUACGUGAUGAGGGAUAUUGACCAAUGGACACCAUAUGCUGACUGA